CUCAGGGUCGACGCGGUGCUGGCGAUGGGAAGCGUUGCUAAGUGAAUUUGUUGGAUUCACGCACUGUCAUGGGGGACCUGGGAUGGAUUGCUUUUCCAAAAAAUGGGUGGGAAGAGAUUGGUGAAGUUGAUGAAAACUAUGCUCCUAUCCACACGUACCAAGUAUGCAAGGUCAUGGAACAGAAUCAGAAUAACUGGCUCUUAACCAGUUGGAUCUCCAAUGAAGGUGCUUCCAGAAUCUUCAUAGAACUCAAAUUUACUCUGCGGGACUGCAACAGUCUUCCUGGAGGCCUGGGGACCUGCAAGGAAACUUUUAACAUGUAUUAUUUUGAGUCAGAUGAUGAGAAUGGAAGGAACAUUAAGGAAAACCAGUACACCAAGAUUGACACCAUUGCGGCCGAUGAGAGCUUUACAGAACUUGACCUUGGGGACCGUGUCAUGAAACUGAACACAGAGGUUAGAGUUGUGGGCCCUCUCAGCAAGAAGGGGUUUUAUCUUGCCUUCCAAGACGUGGGAGCCUGCAUUGCUCUGGUUUCUGUGCGUGUGUACUAUAAAAAAUGCCCUUCCGUGGUGCGACACUUGGCUGUCUUCCCCGACACCAUCACCGGAGCAGACUCUUCACAGCUGCUGGAGGUCUCAGGCGCCUGUGUCAAUCAUUCUGUGACAGAUGAUCCUCCCAAAAUGCACUGCAGUGCUGAAGGGGAGUGGCUGGUGCCCAUCGGGAAGUGCAUGUGCCAGGCGGGAUACGAAGAGAAAAAUGGCACCUGUCAAGUGUGCAGACCGGGGUUCUUCAAAGCCUCGCCUCACAGCCAGACCUGCAGCAAAUGCCCACCUCACAGUUACACCCAUGAGGAAGCUUCCACCUCUUGUGUCUGUGAAAAGGAUUAUUUCAGGAGGGAGUCUGAUCCGCCCACAAUGGCAUGCACAAGACCCCCCUCAGCUCCUCGGAAUGCCAUCUCAAAUGUUAAUGAAACUAGUGUCUUUCUGGAGUGGAUUCCGCCUGCUGACACUGGUGGAAGGAAAGAUGUGUCCUAUUAUAUUGCAUGCAAGAAGUGCAACUCCCAUGCAGGUGUGUGUGAGGAGUGUGGCGGUCAUGUCAGGUACCUCCCCCAGCAAAUCGGCCUGCAAAACACCUCUGUCAUGGUGGUGGACCUGCUCGCUCACACAAACUAUACCUUUGAGAUUGAGGCAGUGAAUGGAGUGUCCGACUUGAGCCCAGGAGCCCGGCAGUUUGUUUCUGUAAAUGUAACCACAAACCAAGCAGCCCCCUCUCCAGUCACCAAUGUGAAAAAGGGGAAGAUUGCCAAAAACAGCAUCUCUUUAUCUUGGCAAGAGCCGGAUCGUCCCAACGGAAUAAUCCUGGAAUAUGAAAUCAAGUACUUUGAAAAGGAUCAGGAGACCAGCUACACCAUUAUCAAAUCGAAAGAGACCACUAUCACCGCAGAGGGCUUGAAGCCAGCUUCAGUGUAUGUCUUCCAAAUUCGAGCACGAACAGCAGCGGGCUACGGUGUCUUCAGUCGAAGAUUUGAGUUUGAAACCACCCCAGUGUCAGUUGCAGCGUCCAGCGAUCAGAGCCAGAUUCCUAUAAUUGCUGUGUCGGUGACGGUGGGAAUCAUUUUGCUGGCAGUGGUUAUCGGCUUCCUCCUGAGCGGAAGUUGCUGCGAAUGUGGCUGUGGGAGGGCUUCUUCCCUGUGCGCUGUUGCCCAUCCAAGCCUAAUAUGGCGCUGUGGCUACAGCAAAGCAAAGCAGGAUCCAGAAGAGGAAAAGAUGCAUUUUCAUAAUGGGCACAUUAAACUGCCUGGAGUAAGAACCUAUAUUGAUCCACAUACUUAUGAAGAUCCCAACCAAGCUGUCCAUGAAUUUGCCAAGGAGAUAGAAGCCUCAUGUAUCACCAUUGAAAGAGUUAUUGGAGCAGGUGAAUUUGGUGAAGUUUGUAGUGGACGUUUGAAACUUCCCGGAAAACGAGAAUUACCUGUGGCUAUCAAAACCCUUAAAGUAGGCUAUACUGAAAAGCAGCGCAGAGAUUUCCUGGGAGAAGCAAGUAUCAUGGGCCAGUUCGAUCAUCCUAACAUCAUCCACUUAGAAGGUGUCGUGACCAAAAGUAAACCAGUGAUGAUAGUGACGGAGUACAUGGAGAACGGCUCUUUAGAUACAUUUUUAAAGAAGAACGACGGGCAGUUCACGGUGAUUCAGCUCGUGGGCAUGCUGAGGGGCAUCGCGGCAGGAAUGAAGUACCUUUCAGACAUGGGCUAUGUGCACCGAGACCUCGCGGCCAGGAACAUCUUGAUCAACAGCAACCUCGUGUGCAAAGUGUCUGACUUUGGGCUUUCCAGGGUGCUGGAAGAUGAUGCGGAGGCAGCCUACACCACAAGGGGAGGCAAAAUUCCAAUCAGAUGGACUGCCCCAGAGGCCAUAGCUUUCCGAAAGUUCACCUCUGCUAGUGAUGUCUGGAGCUACGGAAUCGUGAUGUGGGAAGUGGUGUCCUACGGGGAGAGGCCCUACUGGGAGAUGACCAAUCAGGACGUGAUUAAGGCGGUGGAGGAAGGCUACCGGCUCCCAAGCCCCAUGGACUGUCCUGCUGCUCUCUAUCAAUUGAUGCUCGAUUGCUGGCAGAAGGACCGCAAUAGCAGGCCCAAGUUUGAGGAGAUAGUCAAUAUGCUGGACAAGCUCAUACGCAAUCCAAGUAGUUUGAAGACGCUGGUGAAUGCCUCGAGCAGAGUAUCCAAUUUGUUGGCAGAACAUGGAUCCCUGGGGUCUGGGGCCUACAGAUCAGUAGGUGAAUGGCUAGAAGCCAUCAAGAUGGGCCGCUACACAGAGAUUUUCAUGGAAAAUGGAUACAGUUCAAUGGACGCUGUGGCUCAGGUGACCUUGGAGGAUUUGAGACGUCUCGGAGUGACUCUUGUCGGUCACCAGAAGAAGAUCAUGAACAGCCUUCAAGAAAUGAAGGUGCAGCUGGUAAACGGGAUGGUGCCACUGUAAUUUCCGCCAGUGUCACGUCUUCGAGGAAAUGCUUCUGCACUUUGUAGACAGUCCUGAGAUUUAUUUUAAUUUAAAGAAAAAAAAGGGAAAAGGGAAAACAGUGUUUUCUAAACCUUAGGAGAGCAUUUGCCUCAGCCAUAGGACUUGUAAUCGGUGUUUUACUAAAAUCUCCGAAUCUUCCUCUUAGUGUGUUUUUCAUGAAGCAACUCUAACCUGCAUAAAUAAGAACGUGACAGUAGACAUUAUAUGACAGUAACCACAAAGUCUUUCCCACUACUUCUACAAAAUUUUAUACAUGACAUAUAUAAAUAUAUAGCACCUUCAAAGACUGAAUUUAAGGCAGCCCCUUUCGAAACUCCCAGGGAUCUACUUGAAAGGAUAGGUUUCAUAGCCAUGUGUGGGCUAAGAAAAGCUGCAGUUUACGGAAGUUUACUUCAAGUCUUCAGUGUUUGCAUAAGUGUAUUGAAGAGCAAUAUUAGAUUCGUCCUUAUACAUAUCUUCCUUUGUAAUUUUAAAAUACGAUUACUUGGUAUUAUGUUAUAGAAGCUAGUUUAUAAACAUGUUGCUUGAUCAAGGAGUACAAUACAGGGUGCAUAUUUAUUUUUCUGUGUUAUAAAAUUUACUUUUCGUUGCUCUUCGAGAGACUAUUAAGUAAUAAAUCUGUAUAUACUGUAUAAUUUGCAAUAUACCCAGAAACUGAAGUUGGAGUUGUGUGCUUGCACAAGUGCGUGUUAUCAUUCUGCUUGCGUUUUUGAUAGUGUUUUAAUUUUUGUAACAGAAAAGAAUGGUGUUCUAGAGUGUAAUAUGAAUGAGACAUAAGAGAGAAAAAAAAAAAAGAAAGAAAGAAAGAAAGGAAGAAAGAAAGAAAGAAAGAAAGAAAGAAAGAAAGAAAGAAAAUGGAACACAAGCUGGUAUCUUCUUUUCUCUUGUGUGUCCAAAAGCUACUAAUCUCUUUAUUCAGUAACAGGAAAUGUCUGCAAGAUUAUAUCCCCUUUGGCUUUUUAAAACACUUUGUAAUAUCUGUGACAAUGCAGUUCCUCAAGCCAUUAAUCUUGCAGCCCUAUAAGAAAUUCCACCUUUUUGAGUCCCAGAGAAUAUCUUGUCAAGCAGGGUUGACGGGAAAGGGCACUUUUUCUGUGGGAUGUAAAAGGAUUUAACUGCUGGCUUCUGUUAAUGUCACUAAAUCCAGGCACAAAGCACUAAGCACCCCCCCCUCCUUAGUGUUAAUCCUUUGAAACCAUUUCCAUUCUGGCUGAUCUCCAGAACUGUGAAACUAAGGUAGCAAUGGAAUGAUGGGAAGUAGAUAGAUAUGCAGAUAGAUAUUUCCUUUAAAAUCUGUUAGAAAUGGGAAGAUGAAGAAAUAGAUGCAUUUUUUCCUUUAGAAUUUUGUUUCAAGACUUGACAAGCAUGACUUGUGGAUUGUGCUUUAUUAAGUUGGUAAUUUCACUUUGUAUUCAAUUAUGUGGCAUUGAAUUUAUCUGGAUGAGUUAAGAAUGGAAGACAUGGCCUCUGUAUGUUCCAUACUCUGCACUGUGAAAACUGAUAUUUGUGAUAAAAAAAUAUAUAGUUUGUUUGAGGUUGUGCAAAACUGAGCUCCUUAGUGGUGUGAACAAAUAUUUUAGAUCAGUACACUUUAUAAAAUCAUGAACUAGCAUGUGAUAUUCAAGGAGCACAGAAUUUAAAUAAGAUAUCACCUACUCAUGAUUUUUAGUGGUAUGUCAGAGCAGCCUGGGAUUUGGAAAUCCACAGAAACUGUACACGUGUUAUGAAUGCUACUCUUUUCCCUAAACACCUUGUUUAUAGAAAUGUUAGCACCUGUAAGAGUGAAUUCAGGGGCAUAGUUUUCUGUUCUGCCCACCUUUAUGUAAGUAGCUCUUUGCUAAAAAACAAGAAAAAACUGCAACAAUAACAAAAAAGAAAAAACAAGGUCUGAACAGUUUUCAAACUCUAUUAAGUUCAAGUUGUAUAAAGUGCCAUGAGCCAACGCAAACUGUGUCUCAAUUGUGGUCUGCUGGUUUAGGGAAAUUUUCAAAGAGGCGAAACAAGUGUUUCAAUAUCAUGUUGAUAAAAAUCACAGGUAAAUAGGCAUCAUCAUUAUUAAAGAUGCACUCAUUCAUUUCAAUGAAUAGAAAAUUACUGAAAUGAAUUUCCCUUGUAUAAAAUAAUUGGAUAUUGUGUUGCAAUUUAUUGAAUUUUGUAAAAAUUUUGGAUCAAAGUGAUAAAGUAACAAUUGAGAAACUUCAAAAUAGAAAUAGAUUUAAUGAUUUAAAAGGAAAACUGCCACAUUUUAGAGCUGAUUGACUAGCCACAGCGGUGUGAGUAUAACAAAAGUAUUUUUAAAAUUGUAUUCCAAUUUAGUAUGUAAAAAGAUAAUAGAGAAGACAGGGUGGAUGAUAUCUAAAUAAUAGAACAUAGAUUUCCUCUUUUUCACAAAAGAACAUAAAUGUGGAUCACACGUAUUUGCCCCUUUGUAAUUUUACUUGGAAAAAUACAGUAAUUCAAAAUGAAAAUUAAAUAGCCAGGUAGCUUUCAUCUAUAUCUCAGUUUGUGCAGGUCUGAAGAAUGUCAAGCCUUUCUAAACAUACUUGCUCACCACUAGGUGUGUCUCCAUUUGGAAAGUGCAGAUCUCAGAUUACAAGAGUGAGAAUUGGACGGCAGAAGCAGCUCUCCUGAAAUACAGCUAGAUUGUGUGCAGCCCAGGGAAAGGUUUGACGAACCACCCUGUGAUUUCUUAUCUGAUUGGCUCAUGCAUUCAUCCACCAGACUACCAAAAUUCAAGCAUGGCUCUGAGAAUUUUAGUACGUGCUACAGAUUUGUCAAAUAAUUUUAAAUUUUGCAGUUACCAGCUGCAAUACUUUUUGGAGUGAGUAUCAGUGUUGGACCUUGAAAAACGAGUACAAGCAGGGAAUUAUUUUAAAUUUACUGCUACUUAUUGAAGUCACUCAAUGAUUACUUUAAUCAUUCUUUGUGUCUGACCUUGGUAUUUGCUAUGUUGUACAAACAGUUGCUCUUUUUGAAAUGUAUUAACUGUUUGCAAAAAUGUAAGAAUUUUUAUUUUUCUCAUUUACAACAAAAUUUAAUGUGCAUAGUCUUUUAUUUCUUGUAUUUUGUUCACCAAAUCAGUGUUCUACAGCCUAGGUUCACUGUAAAAUCUGUAUUAUGGGAUGGAGUUAUAGCUCAGUACUAGAGUGCUUGCCUAGAAUGCACAUGGCCCUGGCUUCAAUACUCAGCACCACAAUGCUAGGUCAAUAUUUUAUCUAAACUUAAGCAUGGCCAGCAUUAUUAGUUUAACAAUUUAGAACAUCCUUAUCUCUGUUCAGAAGAGAAUUUUAACCCGUGUGUAAUGGUGAUGACACCGUUCCACAUUGCAAGUUUAAAAUGGAAUUGUAGUAUCAGUUGAGCACUUAUAUGUUUGCAUGUCUGCUAUCUAAUCUUUUUGUGAAAGUAAAACAUUUUCCAAGCCAUUCUUUCUCCCAUUUGAAGUGGGUUCUCAGAGCACAAGCACAGACAAUUUACCUUUAGAAGGUUUUUUUCUCUGUAAUGAUGCAUUGAAUGGCAAACACUCUUUGGGUAAGGUGUUAAAAAUUUACUAAAUGUAGAAUAUUGUGUAGUACAAUAAUAUCCUUUCCUCAUUUUGUUCUUUCUAAACAUAAGAAGAAAGCUAAAUGUGAUAGUAAAUUGUCUUUGUUAUGUCAUGCCAGAUGUUUAAAAUUAAAGUAAAUUAAAAAGUAGGUACAAUAUGAUGGUGAUGAUGAUGAUGAUAAUGAAUAAAUAGAAUUAAAAUUCUAGCUUUAUUUGAAAUUUAAUAACUAGAAUAAGUCAUCAUUUUUCAACUCGAGCACAGCUGGUUACAUUGAACAUUUUUCUCUAUUGUGAUGUUAAUUAUAUAGUCAUGUAUCAAAAAAGAAAUAGAUCAGAACUUUCUUUUCAUUUCUUACUCAUUUAUGAAAAAAUCUUCUUUACAAAUGGUUGAAUGUUUUUGUUCAGAAUGACCACAUAAUUAUUGCUUAAAACAAGACACCAAUUAAUGUUUUUAAAAAAUUCCGUGUAUAAUAAUCAGAAUCUAAAGUAUUUUUUUUCUAAAUGUUAAUGGGAAAAAUGGGAAAGGGCAAAACCAUGUCAUGUUUAUUCAGGAAGUGGACUGUAUUGAUGGGAAUUUGAGUGGUCAACAUAUUUGUGAAUCUUUGGACUGCUGUAAUUCACAAUUAAUUAUUUAUAAGUAUGUAAAUUACUUUUAUUAUAGUCUGAGAAUAAAGUUAUACUCAGUUAUUUGUUCAUAUGUUUAUCAGACUCUCUUGGUUUCAGGCAGUUGAGGAGCAGCUGUGUGGUGUAUCUUACUCUUUGAUAGGCAUUGUGACCAUAGCCCCUGUCUCAGAGUUAAUUUGAGGAAGGAUUAGCAUUUCUGUAUGUCUUCCCAUUUGAAGCUCUAUGUGCUUUUGGUUUGUAUACAUGUUUUUGUAGUGUAAAAUACGAAAUGUUCUAUUUUUUCAGAAAAUAAAAAAACCUUUGAAUACAGUUAAAUCCAAUUGUCA